AAUCAGUAACCAUCCGCAAAUCUGUCAUAACAAAAACGAAACGCGUUAUUGCGAGCCCGUCGCCCGCAAAAAAAUUAAUUAUGUAAAUAUUUGCCAUUGCACGAGCAUUCGAACAAGGCAUCGCGACACGAUAGGAUUUUAUCGCCGGUUUAGAAAGCGUCGUGCGUUUGCAGCUGUUCGGUUUGGGAGGGACAUUCCUGUAGGUGUAACUCACAUGAAGUGCAUGGUAGCCCCAGGAGGCCCAAAGUAUGCGCUAGAAAACGGUGAUAACGAUGGAUAGCAACAAGAUCAACGCAUCCAGCGUGCCCCACGGCACCGCCGGAGGUUUGUAUGCUGGAGAUAUGGAGGAGCCUUAUCCUUCUUUAUCAGACUAUCAUGACUAUGAGCCUAAUCUGGAGUUUGAUGAUACUGAACUUCAUCAUAGUGAACCAAUACCCAAUGAGAUUGAUUCACUACAAGAUAUAGAGCCUGAUAGCAUGCCCUCACCUGACUUUACAAUGGACCACUUUGAUGAGCUUGCUGCUGAAGACAACUAUGAUAGUUUGGUUAGCAAUUCAUACCCGGAGCUGGAUUCUGACACAACCGAGCGAUUUUUGAACAUUUCAAGUCUGGGGAUUGUGGAUGUGAAGGGAGAUGAUGCAGCAGGCAGGAAAAUCAUCGUUGUAUACGCUUGCAAACUUCCGGAUAUCAAUAAAAUUGAUCAUCAGUUGUUAUUAGAAUAUUUAAUUUACACAUUGGAUACCUAUGUAGAGCAAGAUUACAGCCUAGUGUACUUCCACUAUGGCCUGAAGAGCAAGAACAAGCCGUCGUUGCGAUGGCUCUGGCAAGCAUACCGCGCAUUCGAUCGCAAAUACAAGAAGAACCUGAAAGCCUUGUACGUCGUCCAUCCAACGCACUUUUUGAAGAUUAUAUCGCAGUUUUUCCGCCCGGUUAUCAGCGCCAAGUUCGGCAAGAAGCUUAUCUACACCAAUACGCUCUCCGAGCUGCGCGAAUACAUCGAACUGGAUCUGCUUUCUAUACCUGAUGAAGUUAAAAUAUACGAUAAAGACAUCACCAAAAGCACGGACAAUAAGCAACUGAGCCCGGAAGCACAAAUUGAAGAAGAAAACCCAACGAAACAAUUCGGCGCAUCGCUGGAAGCGAUAAAACUUCAUCACGGUGAAGUAAUUCCGCCGAUUUUGCGGCAAUGCGUUCGAUAUUUGGAUAAUCCAGAUGCUUUGGAAGUGGAAGGAAUAUUCCGGCGAUCUCCCAAUGUACAAACCAUUAAAAAGAUGAAACAAGAUGUCGAUGAUGGUAUAAUGAUUGAAUUUAGUGAUCCGCAUCAAGCCGCCGUAUUGUUGAAGACGUUCCUCAGAGAACUGAAACAACCACUGCUUACCUAUGAGCUUUAUGAACUUGUUAUUGACUUCCAGAGAACACCCAAAGAUAAACAACUGAAACAAGCGUAUACUAUAGUAAACGAACGUUUACCCGAAGACAACUACAAUAUUUUAAAGUAUAUCAUCGUGUUCUUAUCAAAAGUUAUGGAAAGAGAAGAUUUAAACAAAAUGACUGCGUCGAAUCUGGCGGUUGUCUUCGGCCCGAAUUUAAUCUGGCCUGAGAACAAGACCAUUUCAUUGGCGGACAUCGGGCCAAUCAAUUCUUUCACGCAGUACUUGCUGCAGAACCACAGUAAGAUAUUCAUGACUUAGGAUUAGAUUAAAUCAGGUUAAGUUCUUAUUUGUUAUCAUCGUCUCGACUUAUUCUUAAUAUCCUUAAACUAAAUUACUAAAAGCAGAUAGACUAACAUGUGCAUUUACAAGUGCAUUUAGAGAAAAAGAAACAUAAGAAACGAAAGAAAACAUGCUAAGUGAUGUGCAAAUGUUUUAAACAUUAAAAAAUAACAUUUUAUUUGAUUUAUUAUAAAUUAUCAUGAUUUUUGGUACAUUCCUAACCUAAGUACAAUAAUUAUUGAGUUUUUUAUGUAAAAAUUAGGUUAGUUUUCGACCGUUGCACAUCACUUAUACAAAACAACAUGAAAUGAAAAUGCGCGAGCGAUUGUAUUGUUAUAUUACCACGCCAAAGACUUGAGACGUUAUCAAUAUGUGAAUAUUCGCGAGGAAAUGUUUGCUCGUCAUCGAAUUUUAUAAGUUUGUUAAAUUUAAAAUGAUUUCUAAAAGAAACUGAACACAUUGUUGUAGAGUACGUUCACGAAACGAUAACAACUAUCACAUUUUUGGCAUUUAUGUAAAGUUAGCUGUAGAGAAAAUAUAUUAUCCGAUGAAAUCUGAAGAGCUGCACGAUGGUUAUGUUGUUGAAACAGAAAUUAAGCAAAAGAGAUGAGAUAUUUAUGAAGUAUUUAAUCGAUGUAUGUUAGUUGAGACUAAUCUGUAAUUGCGUUGAGUAUGCUUUAUUAGCUAAUAUACCUCAGAGUAAACCAUUCCAUUAACAAAACAUACAAACAAACUAAUCACACAAAUGUAAGAAGAAUAUAUUUUUGUCAUAUUGUGUAUUGAAAAUACGCCGCUAACUUGAUUUUUGUAUUAAUAUUUAUAUCAUUCUAUUAAUUCCGUGUACCUAUCUAUAUAUUUUUAUGUUGUGUAUCUGUUGUACUUCACAUUGUGCGGAUUUGACACGCAGAUAUCUGAAAGAUUUAGUUUGAAUUAAUGAAUGUAGAUGCGUCGGCCAAGCAGCCGCUCUUCUUUGAACUUGUACGCGGCUCGUUUGAUACCGUACCAGAGUUUGUUUUGUAUGUACUCCAAUGCAUAAUCAGACUGAAACACGAAGCGGAAACAAUUGUGAGACAACACGGUUUACCAUUAUAUACAGAAGUACAGAUGUACAGGUAUUAUAUUAUAUAUACAUAUAGAUAUAUUAUCAAAUGAUAAAGAUUUGUAAACCUCAA